AUGACCCUCCCCCGUUCUGCUCAGCGCCUCGCCUCGCGCCGCCUCACGGCCGUCAAGAACGCGCGCGCCAACGCCGCGUUCUUCACCACUGCCGCCAAGGUCGCUGUCCCCGCCUUCCAGGCUCAGGCUCGUCCCCAGGUCGCUGCCAAGGAGGUCCAGGCCACUCGCGCCUACGCUACCCCCGCUGGUGGCCAGACCGGCACCAUCAAGACCAUCAUUGGUGCCGUCGUCGACGUCCACUUCGAGUCGGAUGACCUUCCCCCCAUCCUCAACGCCCUGGACGUCCAGUUCAAGGAGGGCCAGCCCAAGCCUGAGGGUGGCCGCCUCGUUCUCGAGGUCUCGCAGCACCUCGGUGAGAACACCGUCCGUUGCAUUGCUAUGGACGGUACUGAGGGUCUCGUCCGUGGCCAGGGUGUCGUCGACACUGGUGCUCCCAUCACCAUUCCCGUCGGCCCCCAGACCCUUGGCCGUAUCAUGAACGUCAUCGGUCAGCCCAUUGACCAGCGUGGUGAGAUCAAGGGUGUUUCUACCCGCCCCAUCCACGCCGACGCCCCCGGCUUCGUCGAGCAGUCGACCGAGGCUGAGAUUCUCGAGACUGGUAUCAAGGUCGUCGACCUCCUCGCCCCUUACGCCCGUGGUGGUAAGAUUGGUCUCUUCGGCGGUGCCGGUGUCGGCAAGACUGUCCUUAUUCAGGAGCUCAUCAACAACAUUGCCAAGGCCCACGGUGGUUACUCCGUCUUCACUGGUGUCGGUGAGCGUACCCGUGAGGGUAACGACCUGUACCACGAGAUGCGUGAGACCGGUGUCAUCAACCUCGAGGGUGACUCCAAGGUCGCGCUCGUCUUCGGCCAGAUGAACGAGCCCCCUGGAGCCCGUGCCCGUGUCGCCCUUACCGGCCUCACCAUCGCCGAGUACUUCCGUGACGAGGAGGGCCAGGACGUCCUUCUCUUCAUUGACAACAUUUUCCGCUUCACCCAGGCCGGUUCGGAGGUGUCUGCCCUUCUCGGUCGUAUCCCCUCGGCUGUCGGUUACCAGCCCACCCUCGCCACCGACAUGGGUGGUAUGCAGGAGCGUAUUACCACCACCAAGAAGGGUUCCAUUACCUCGGUCCAGGCCGUCUACGUCCCCGCCGAUGACCUUACUGACCCCGCCCCCGCCACCACCUUCGCGCACUUGGACGCCACCACCGUCCUGUCGCGUUCGAUUGCCGAGCUCGGUAUUUACCCCGCUGUCGACCCCCUCGACUCCAAGUCGCGUAUGCUCGACCCCCGUGUCGUCGGUGAGCGUCACUACCGUGUCGCUACCCGCACCCAGCAGAUCCUCCAGGCCUACAAGUCGCUCCAGGACAUCAUUGCCAUUCUCGGCAUGGACGAGCUUUCGGAGGAGGACAAGCUUACCGUCGAGCGUGCCCGUAAGAUCCAGCGUUUCAUGUCGCAGCCCUUCGCCGUCGCCGAGUCCUUCACCGGCAUGACCGGUGCCCUUGUUCCCCUCAAGGACGCCGUCACCGCCUUCGAGGAGAUCCUCGACGGCAAGCACGACUCGCUCCCCGAGGCCGCCUUCUACAUGGUGGGCGGAAUUGAGGAUGUUCGCGUCAAGGCCCAGAAGAUUCUCGAGGACUCGUCGAAGUAA